UCUCCUCUCAUCACUUCAUCUUUUUUUUUUUUCAUUACUUCAUCUUCUUCAUCGCUUCGUUAUCAAUCUCUUGAGACUUUUGCAUCGCUGCAAUAUUUUUAUAUUUCACAACCGAAUCUUUUAAGUCUUUUAAUCUCGAUCGAAAAUGGAACGAACGAGCAACGGAGGGAUGUUGUAUCACGAGGUACAAGAGUCGAAUCUGUGCGCCGUACACUGCGUCAACACGGUGUUGCAGGGACCUUUCUUCUCCGAAUUCGAUCUGGCUGCCGUCGCCGCAGAUCUCGACGGUAAGGAGCGUCAGGUUAUGCUUGAAGGCGCCGCGGUCGGUGGGUUUUCGUCCGGCGAUUUCUUCUCUGAGGAGUCGCAUAAUGUUUCCCUCGGCGGCGAUUUUAGUAUCCAGGUCUUGCAAAAAGCUUUGGAAGUGUGGGAUCUACAAGUGAUUCCACUCAAUUGUCCAGAUGCAGAGCCUGCGCAGAUAGACCCUGAGCUUGAAAGCGCCUUUAUCUGCCACUUGCAUGACCAUUGGUUUUGCAUAAGGAAAGUAAAUGGUGAGUGGUAUAACUUUGACAGCCUUCUCGCCGCCCCGCAACAUUUAUCAAAGUUCUACCUCUCUGCGUUUCUCGACUCGCUCAAAGGCUCAGGAUGGAGUAUCUUCAUAGUGAAAGGAAACUUCCCACAGGAAUGUCCCAUGUCGUCUUCAUCUGAAGCUUCCAACAGUUUUGGGCAGUGGCUUUCCCCUGAAGAUGCAGAGAGAAUAAUAAAGAAUACGAGCUCAGUACAAGGUUCAUCUGCUAGCAGCAACAAAAGUAAUGCCAAUGUGGACCAACAAAGACCAAAUCAGGCAUUGUCACGUGAGGAAGUGCAGGCUUUUUCAGAGAUGGAAGAUGAUGACUUGAAGGCAGCAAUUGCAGCGAGUUUGCUUGAUGCUUCUGCGGCUGGGGCCAAUCUCGGCGCUAUAGGGACUUCUAAGGAAACCGAGGAAAAAAAGUAGCAGAGGAAAUAGAGAACAAGUCGUAUUGAUGGAGGUGGGGAAUAUUCACAUUUGUUUCUUUUGUUUUGGUUUGUUAUCAAUAGUUAUAUCAACAACAGCUUUACAUACAGAACAGAGAAAAAAAAUACCUUACAUCUAAAGAAACCAGAGAAUAAACGAUUUGUGAAUUUUAUUUUUUGCUUGAUUUCUUUUUGGUUAAUCCCAAGCCAAACUUA